AUGGAGAGCUCACGUCCCCGGAAUCGAAGGCCCGUAACCUAUGGGUCCGCUGCUAGGAGCCAAUCUCGCCCGGACAGUGCCAAAUCUACGCGUUCCUCCUCAACCGCAAGAACUCCCAAAGAAGCAACCUUGCCAAGUACUUCGCGUAAUUCGCGAUUGAUUACCUCCAAGUUACAGCGCAAUAAGAAUGAGAUCAAGCAACCGGCUACAUCCAUCAAUGAAUCAACCCCAAGCACUCUAGCACGACCACAGCUUGACCAAGAUUCCAGCGUGUAUGACUUUCCCUCUUCAGAUGAGGCGCAGACUCCUAUCGGCCGGCGCAAGCGAAGGCGUCAUAAUGCCGAAGACAAAGAAGUUCCUGUGCCUCUACAACAUACAACCUCAAAAGAAUCUCCCUAUGACGCAAAACCAAAAACGGUAGACGGUGGACAUAGUAAUAUGCGAGAUCGCCGGAGAACAUUGAAAAAAGAUCAAGAUAUCCAUUGCAUGAGGGCGGUCAAUGAUUCGGGGGUCAGCAAGUCAAUCUUACGACAGACGAAUGAGUUCUCUAUUUCUGGUAAGUCGGGCCCUGGGAGAUUCUCUUCGCCAGUGAGAGAUCCUGAGCCCACUGAGUCGCCCAAGCCUCGGAAGCCCUCGCCGAAAACCCACAAAGCCUCACAUAUCGCCACUGAGAACGUUACUCCCGGUCGAAGGAGGCUUAUUGACUCACUGGGAAUAACAGGCUCUCCAGUUGAACCGUCGCCAACAAUUCCUGCCGAGAGCCAGCUAACUCCAAAUCGAGGUUCUCGCAAUACGCCUCUGAGCGAAGUGCCUGUGAACGACAGUCAACCCGAGAGUCAGACUCAAGAUACCCCUGCCCCUGUACCAUCUCAUGCAAGAGGAUCCCAGGUCACAUAUGCACGCCAGCGGUCCUUCCUUGACGAUCUCUCCAUGACAGAUGAACUUCAAGCGGCAAACAUAUCUUCUGAACUGGAAUUUCCUACUAAGCCAGUUCAGCGACAGCUGAAAUAUGAUGCUCCUCCGAUGACUCGUGUGAUUGUGGCUGAUCAAGAAACCAAUGAAGAUGGAUCUGUUCGCAGUAUUCAUGAACUCAGACAGGCGGGUGGAAAUGCUAGGUACCGAGGUGCUGUUGAGUCCAUAUUUGAAGACAUUGAAGAUCCUCAAAACUCGCUAUCGGGUCGAUGCAAUGCUUUUGUUCUACUUUGCCACAAACUCCUGGAUACUGGGGCUCGACACCGAUUUGUCGAGUGCAAUUUUGACAAACGAUUAGUGGAUUGUCUUUCAGUUGAACUUCGGGUUAUUCCAGUUAUCCUGGCCUUCUGUGCAUACGCACUGGUAUCCUCCGAUGGGAAUUUGUCAUAUGUGCUUGCUACUUCUGCAUGGCCUAGACUUCUGGAGACAUCAUCCGUUCUGUUGGACAUUCAGGAUGAUAUAUCAGUGGUGAAAGAUGCCGAAACCAACGGACUUUCUCGACCCCUGCAGAAGAAAAUUCAAAAUAUUGUCCCGGAAGUGUCCUCGGUGCUAUUCCACAACCCUGCGUUACUAAAACUUUCUCCUUGCAUUCUGGCCUUAUACUGCAUGAAAUCGACCAUAUCGAUCAUGCAAACCAAAGGCGAGAGUCCUAGCCUUUCCACGAGUCUUCUCAAAUUAUUGGUCAAAAUUCUAUUAUCAGAAAGCUCGCUCUGUGUUUCUCAGAAGACAGUCUCAACCGAAAGCUCUCAAAAGCUAGGAUUAGGCUUCGCAAUUCUGGAUGCCUCGACUGCAUCAGCCGUGUUCAGAAAUGAACAUCAGGAUCUGCUUGGUUCACUUUCCGGGCUCCACAGCCUACUCUACCUGAAGAGCUUACAUGCGGACCCUGUUAGCCAAAAAAUCAACACUCUCUAUAUCCGGGUCAUUCUCAAUGUCACCAAUAGUGAUGGUUUGCUCUGCGACAAAUUCGCAAACCCGGAGCUGGUGGGAGGUUUGGUCGAUGUGGUGUUAGCAAAUUUUGGUGACCUUACCGAAGAUGCACUUGGCCAGGAAAACAACUCCCUGGACAGUGUGAUAUUAGCUCUUGGCGCUCUCACUAACUUGUCUGAACGAAGUGAAGAGUCAAGAUCAAUUUUCCUCAGGCCCGUUGACUCCAGCAGUUCUUUUCUUGACCGACUCCUACACCUAUUUAUGACCAAUGUUGAUUCCAUCUCCAUGGCUCAUUCGGUCUUGGAAGUACAUCAUAAUGUCGCCGUGGGAUAUUUAGCAGUCCUUCUUCUGACACUUUGCCUGCACAACAGUGCUCGGUUGAAGAUCAAGAACUCACUUGUUCCAAAUGGUCUGGUAGCAGUGACCUCGACUGUCGAUGAGUUUCUCCAAUACCACCAGAAAAUUGAAGAAGAACUCUCCCAAUUCCCGACAAAAGGACAACCGGCGAGCGGAUUCCUGUCUAGGCUACAGGAGCUUGUGGCCCAGGUUCGACAGAUCGAUUUAUGA